GAAAGUAUGACGAUAGUGCAAAUUCGUUGUGACACCAUGUGUGAGAAGAAUUACCUAGGUAUGCAAAUUCUUUGGUCAAAAGGUACAUAUAUUCGGCAACAAGCGUACUUUGACCUAUUGGUGUCCUUCGUUGAGCAACAGCAACUGCAAGCCCUCGAAGUUCCUACCAACUCACCUAAACUUGCCACAUCUCAUGUAUUUUUGCCACUGCUGAGAGAUAUAAUGGUCACUCGAUAUCAUUUAUAGUAAAGACACGAAGACUCUCUGCACUGGUUGUUGCAUAACAGACGUCAUCUCUGUCCUUUUACCCCCCCUUACAUUUCAUAACCAAAGUCUCUACUUGUUUGGACAGCCUUGCUAUUCCAGAUUGGCCAUAAAAGAUUGAAACCUUCAAAAAAUUUGAAGUUACUUAGAAUCUUCAACAAUGAAUCAUUGUAUAAUCAUAGAUUUUCAAGCAUUGAGAGCUUUCACGUCUACAUCCUCGUCGGCUUGAGAGCCGGAACAAGAGCAGCAACUCGGGCAAAGGAUCCAUCUGACUGUGAAGAAUAACGAUGCAAAGCUAGAAAAUUCUUGGCUGAAGUUAUCAGGCCAACUUUAGCCUCGAAAGCAAAAAGAUCGUGAAGCGAAAGAUAGGAGUAAAUAGAAGAAUCCUAGGCUUGCGUGGAUCGUGGGCAAUAUUCGGGGUCUCGGAGGGUUGUCGUUGAGCCUCAGAAGACCACAUGAAGCAAGCUAGAAAGUGCUACCGAAAUAUCAAAUGAUUGGUUCUCCGCCUUUCAUUUUUAGGAUAACAGGAUGAGGAUUAACAACUUGUUGUUUCUUGGCCAACGGAUAUGGGAGACCAAGCCCUCAUAGAAUUGAUAUUUUCUGUUGUGGCGCUGGUAACAAUCAUCAUUGUAUGUUCAACUGCGUAUCUGCUUUGUAAUUCUCUUGUUUGAUCCAACGGAAGGGCAGGGUGGGCGAUCAAACAGACGCAUUGUUCCAGACUAUGUACGAAAUAAUGUUAUGAACUUAUAAGACAUACAUGAGUGUUUAGCGCCAUUCAUUUCCGUGGCAAGCGGGAAGACAAAACCAAUUCCUGAGAAUGUGAAACGAUACGGAAAAGGAUCCUGGUGAUCAAUCGAUAGUGUACAGAGUCUAAUCAACACUUUCCUCACGCUUUCUUUUGGCUGAUGAGAUUAUGGAUUAUGGAUUCGACUUUUGAGAGAAUUACUUUUCGUCACCGGAAAGUAUAAAUGAGAUUGUCGAUGUAACCCUGAGUAUGGAUGGAAUGGAGUAUGUGCCCUCGAGGUGCCGAGCCAUCCCAAAAUCAAUAUCACAAAUGGACGGCCACCAGGGCCAUAUUUUUAUUGAUUCGCAAGCCUUUUGAUAUCCAGGAUGUCAAUGCAGAUGCAGCACACGCACAACGACACCAUGUCCGCAGAUGUCGGCAAGGAUUGCCGGGAACGAGCCUGUUUAAGAUGGAGAAAUCUUAUGAAUUCAUGUGCUCGUACAGACAGACUCGAGACAGGGUAGCUUUGAGGGGGAGGGGGGUCGAUUGCCCAGGAAUGUGGUGGACUAUUCGAAUAUCUUUCAAGUCCCAGCUAUCUCGAUCCAGUCGCUGGCAGUAGGUAGAUAUGAGAUGGGCAAACAAGCAAGCAAGGUCUGUCUAUCAAUUGCAAGCCAUAACCACUCUACUGUGUAGGAUCAUGGGAACGCAUUGACUUUGGAACAUGGAGAACGUUAUAGACGUGAGCAUUGUGAGACGAGAUGAGGUCCCUGUCCAUUUGUAGAGAGACUCAGAGGGACUAGCAGAUUAGCAGACUCGAGAGACAACACGACUUCAUUGACUUUCUGUAACUUGAACAUCAGAAUGAAUGAUUCAUGACUAAUAAUUGCUUCUCGUACGUACAACAGAAGAACGAGAGAAAAGACGGAGAGGGGUCACACAAGCCGGGGCCUUUGUAACAUCUUCGCUCCAAAAGUCCCUCGGUCCUCCUACAAACACUUUGUCUUCUUCUUCUUCUUUUUUUCUUUGUGGCUCUUCCUUUUUGCAUUUCCCUCGAACAUCUUUCUUGUCUUGAUUCGUUCGUUCGUGAAUAUUGAUUUCGAAUAUCCAUUACCAAAAAUACAUUCUUUUCCUGGGCCUCAGCACUCCUCCACAAAUCAAAUAUCAGCUGCUUUCGGGCGUCACCAAAGUCAACACCUCCCGCAUAUUUCUUAGCAGAUAUUCGGCAUUCUGAUAUGACGAAAGCCGCACCAGACGGAACAAAUAAUCCAUAAAGGAUUAUCCCAGGCGGAAGCAGGCUUCUGUUAUAACCUUCCUUCUUCAUAUACUUGUUCAUUUUUAGUAAUACGGGUUUCGGAGAGCACAGAUUAAUCCGAUACGAUAUUGAUACAUAAGUCAACCUACCCUCCCAGCUGCUCCCAGCGUUUGCAGCUGUAAACUGUAGAAAUGGCUCCGAAAUAUUUGAAGGUUUCUACGGGCAGCACAGGCUCGAAGAGUCUUGCGACACCAACCGCGCACAUGGCAACGACAACUGUGAAGGUUGGUGGCAUGACAUGCGGGGCGUGCACAUCUGCGGUGGAAUCAGGAUUCGAUGGUGUAGAUGGCAUUGGAAAUGUAUCAGUAAGCUUGGUUAUGGAGAGAGCUGUAAUUAUUCACGACCCAGAGAGAAUAACGGCCGAGAAAAUACAAGAAAUUAUUGAGGAUCGCGGUUUCGAUGCGGAAGUACUGGCUACGGAUUUACCAUCUCCCAUGUUCGAUAGGGAUGAAUACAUCGACGAUACUGGCGAUAAUUCCGACCAUGACGAGUCAAAUAGUGCGCCCAUAACUACUACAACGUUGGCCGUAGAGGGAAUGACAUGCGGGGCUUGCACUUCAGCAGUAGAGGGGGGAUUCAAGGAUAUUCCGGGAGUGAAGACCUUCAGUAUUUCAUUACUAUCAGAAAGGGCAGUGGUCGAGCACGACACCCAAAUAUUGACUGCGGAACAAAUCGCAGAAAUCAUUGAGGAUAGAGGGUUCGGGGCAACCAUCGUCGAAUCAAAUACAGCUACCCCUCCUGCACGAACACGUAAGUCGCGCCGCGAUAGCUCUUCGAAGAAAGAAAAGGUUGCUACAACUACUAUUGCUAUUGAGGGGAUGACUUGCGGUGCAUGCACAUCCGCGGUUGAAGGUGGAUUUAAGGAUCUCGAUGGCCUUGUGCAGUUCAAUGUCAGUUUACUUGCAGAGCGGGCUGUAAUUGUCCAUGACCCCUCCAAACUAUCUGCUGAGAAGAUUGCCGAGAUUAUCGAAGAUAGAGGGUUCGAUGCCAAGAUUAUAUCCACACAAUUAGGUUCCAGUCAACAGUCGGCAGCCACCACAUCACAGUUCAAGUUAUUUGGAGUAGCAUCGGCUGCUGAUGCGACCGCUUUGGAAGCCAAACUUUUAUCACUACCGGGUGUCAAUUCUGUAACAAUAAGUCUCGCCAAGAGUCGGUUGACUAUUUCUCAUCAACCAAAUAUUGCUGGGCUGCGAGCUCUCGUCGAUCUCAUCGAGGCUCAAGGCUACAAUGCUUUGGUCGCUGAUAAUGACGACAACAACGCCCAACUCGAAUCUCUUGCAAAGACCAGAGAGAUAACCGAAUGGCGUACCGCCUUCAAGACUUCCCUGAGCUUUGCUAUUCCAGUCUUUGUAAUCAGCAUGGUGUUUCCGAUGCUCAUCCCGUUUUUGGAUUUUGGAAGUUUUGUUGUCAUCUUCCCGGGAUUGUAUCUUGGUGACAUUAUUUGUUUAAUCCUCACGAUACCCGUUCAAUUCGGCAUUGGAAAGCGUUUUUAUGUUUCUGCAUACAAGUCUAUGAAGCAUGGUUCACCUACGAUGGAUGUACUAGUUGUUCUUGGAACAUCUGCUGCUUUCUUUUUCAGUGUUGCAGCUAUGAUCGUUUCUGUUCUUCUACCCCCCCACACUCGACCAAGCACUAUCUUUGACACAAGCAGUAUGCUUAUUACCUUCAUCACUCUGGGACGAUUUCUUGAGAACCGAGCAAAAGGCCAGACCUCGAAAGCACUUUCUCGCCUCAUGUCUUUGGCGCCUUCUAUGGCAACCAUCUAUGCCGAUCCAAUUGCUGCAGAGAAAGCAGCCGAGGAUUGGGAUACCAAAGAUUCUAAAGCCGAUCAAGCUCAAGAAGGAAAUGCUACAGAGGAAAAGGUCAUCCCCACUGAACUUAUACAAGUUGGCGACAUUGUCAUUUUACGACCCGGUGACAAGAUUCCUGCUGAUGGAACUGUCACUCGAGGAGAGACCUACGUGGACGAAAGUAUGAUUACCGGCGAGGCGAUGCCAGUACUGAAAAAGAAGGGAAGUCUACUCAUCGGUGGUACCGUCAAUGGUGCUGGUAGAGUCGAUUUCCGUGUUACACGUGCUGGUCGCGACACUCAGUUGAGUCAAAUUGUAAAGUUGGUCCAGGAUGCACAAACUACACGGGCACCAAUUCAGCGACUAGCUGAUACCAUUGCCGGCUACUUUGUUCCAUUCAUUCUUUGCCUCGGGUUUCUUACAUUCACCAUUUGGAUGGUUCUAAGCCAUGUUCUUUCGCAUCCGCCAAAGAUUUUCGUGGAUGAAAAGAGUGGUGGGAAAUUCAUGGUUUGUGUCAAACUUUGUAUCUCGGUCAUUGUUUUUGCCUGUCCAUGCGCUUUAGGUCUUGCAACACCAACUGCUGUAAUGGUAGGGACUGGCGUAGGUGCAGAAAACGGAAUCUUGGUCAAAGGUGGUGCUGCUCUCGAGACGGCUACUAAGAUUACACAAGUCGUCCUUGACAAAACUGGCACAAUUACAGAGGGUAAAAUGAGCGUUGCAAAGAUCAAUUUGGUUUCCUCAUGGAAGAGUAAUGAAUCACGUAAGAAGCUAUGGUGGACAAUCGUUGGCCUUUCCGAAAUGGGCAGUGAACAUCCUAUCGGUAAAGCUAUUCUCGCUGCUGCCAAGGAAGAACUCAGAGUUGGCCCUGAAGGCACUAUUGAUGGGAGCAUUGGCGAUUUUGAAGCUGCCGUUGGUAAUGGUAUCAGCGCUUUAGUUGAGCCUGCUGUUAGCAACGAACGCACUCGUCACAGAAUCUUAGUCGGAAAUGUUCGCUACCUAACAAACAACAAUGUAUCUAUACCCCAAGAUGCGAUCAAAUCUUCCGAAGAAGCAAAUGUCAAAGCUGCUGGAUCCUCUAAAACUUCAUCAGCUGGCACAACCAAUAUUUUCAUUGCCAUUGACGGAUCUUAUUCUGGUCACUUGUGUCUUGCGGACACCGUUAAGGAUAGCGCUGUCGCAGCCAUUGCCGCUCUUCAUCGCAUGGGCAUCAAAACUGCAAUUGUCACAGGCGAUCAACUGCCAACCGCGCUUGCGGUUGCACGUAUCGUUGGCAUACCAUCUGAAAAUGUUCACGCUGGAGUCACCCCUGAUCAAAAGCAGGAUAUUAUUCGCAAGUUUCAAUCUCGUGGAGAAUGUGUUGCAAUGGUAGGAGAUGGAAUCAAUGAUUCUCCUGCUCUCGCCACCGCAGAUGUUGGCAUUGCUAUGGCCGGGGGUACUGAUGUCGCUAUGGAAGCAGCAGACAUUGUUCUCAUGAGACCAAAUGAUCUGAUGGAUAUCCCCGCGUCAAUUCAACUUGCCAGGUCAAUCUUUAAUCGCAUUAAGCUUAAUUUAGCUUGGGCAUGCGGUUAUAAUAUCGUUGGUCUUCCUUUUGCCAUGGGCAUCUUCCUUCCUUUCGGAUUACAUCUACACCCAAUGGCAGCAGGUGCAGCAAUGGCUUUCAGUAGUGUGAGUGUAGUAGGCAGUAGUUUGUUAUUGAAGACUUGGAAAAGACCUAGGUGGAUGGAAGAUGCUUUGUUAGAAGAAAAGGGACAAUUGAGAAAGAGGGGUCAAGGCUGGGGUUUCGGAGGCUGGAGUGGAAAGGUUACGGAUGCUUAUAGAGCUGUUAUUGGAAGAGGCAGAAGUGAUGAAGGGGGUUAUGUUCCUUUGAAUACUCUGGAACCGGUAUAGUUUAAGUUGAAUAUUGAGUUGAAUGGAAGAGCGCUGGGUUUAAUUUGUUAUUGCGAGAUAUCCUCUUUGGUGUUGGGGCGUUAUUACGAGUUUGCCAUCGAAACGAAAUCGUUGACGAGCAUUGGAUGGCUGCAGCUAUUUACUGGUUUGGUGUAGUAAAAUUCUAGUUUCUUUCUUGGUCUAGGCCCAGAUGUGUUGAUUUGGCUUCUCUUAUAAUUUUCUGCACAAGAUAAGAUCCGAAGUGAUAUGAUAAUGUGACUAUGAUGAAGAAGGACGCUUCCCCAUUCUCGUACACUCAAAUACUUACCUAGCA